CUCCGCCCGCCCCCUCGCGGCCGAGUUGGAGUAAGACCCGAGUCCCGGCCGCCGUGUUUCUCCCCGGACGCUGCCCUGCACGACUCGCGGGGAAACACAGGCGCCCCGCACUUGCCGGCUUGGCCCCGGGAUGGCCCCCAAACCCCCAAACUCCGUGGCGGGGCUCCGCGCAGCCGGCAAUCAGAGUUUUCGCAACGGCCAGUACGCCGAGGCCUCCGCGCUCUACGGCCGCGCGCUGCGGAUGCUGCAGGCGCGAGGUUCUUCAGACCCCGAGGAAGAAAGUGUUCUCUAUUCCAACCGAGCAGCUUGCCACCUGAAGGACGGAAACUGCACAGACUGCAUCGAAGACUGCACUUCAGCCCUGGCCUUGGUUCCCUUCAGCAUCAAGCCCCUGCUACGGCGAGCCUCUGCCUAUGAGGCUCUGGAGAAGUAUUCCCUGGCCUACGUCGACUAUAAGACUGUGCUGCAGAUUGACAGCAGCUUGACGUCAGCCCUGGAAGGCGUCAACAGAAUGACCAGAGCGCUCAUGGACUCGCUCGGGCCUGAGUGGCGCCGGAAGUUGCCCUCCAUCCCCUUGGUGCCUGUUUCAGCUCAGAAGCGGUGGGAUCCUUUGCCUUCGGAGAACCACAAAGAGACAGCUAAAAGCAAGUCCAAAGAAACCGUUCCUUCAAAGAACAGAGUGCCUUCUGCUGGGGAUGUGGAGAGAGCCAAAGUUCUGAAGGAAGAAGGCAAUGAGCUUGUAAAGAAGGGAAACCAUAAGAAAGCUAUUGAGAAGUACAGUGAAAGCCUCUUGUUUAAUAACUUGGAAUCUGCCACGUACAGCAACAGAGCGCUGUGCUAUUUGGUCCUGAAGCAGUACAGGGAGGCAGUGAAGGACUGCACAGAAGCCCUCCGGCUCGAUGGAAAGAACGUGAAGGCGUUUUACAGACGGGCCCAGGCCUACAAGGCACUCAAGGACUAUAAGUCCAGCUUGGCAGACAUCAGCAGCCUCCUGCAGAUUGAGCCCAGGAACGGCCCUGCACAGAAGUUGCGGCAGGAAGUUAACCAGAACCUAAACUAAAAACCCAGCAAGGCCACAGGAAGGGCUCCUGUGAGAGCUGAAGUGUGACGCUGAAGCCCUGUCCCUGUUCCCCUGCAGACUCCCAGCGGAUCUCAUCAAUGGCCUCCUCACAAAGCAUUUGGCUGGGUCCCGUCCCUGGAUGCUCCAGAUUGAAUCUCGCCCUGUAGCUUCAUCAGCCCCCAUGUCUCAGUGCAGUCCUGAACAGCUGAGCUCCAGGAUAAAGGGCAUGCUGCAAACCCCGGCCCACCUUCCCCGCAAGCGGCCCAUGGAGCAGGUUCUCUAGGGCCACAGUCUCCUGUGUGCAGCUGC